GGCGCCUUUAUGCUUGAGUUUUUGAUCCAACAAUUCAAGCAUAACCAACAUCAUGUUGUCAGUAGGUGGUAGAAUCCCUCUCUCUACUUCUCCAUUUUGCCAAAUGUAAAACCCGCAUUGCAUUCACAACAGAAUCUGGUUUUCUUGGGCAAAAACAUGUGGAUGCAUAUAAAUAUAAAUAAUUAUAUGUCUGAGGACAGUUUGUUUAAUUAAUAACUGCUUAAAAAUCAACAAAUGUACAUGUAAACACCAGAUUAGUGUAAUGAUUUCCAUCGCCACCAGAUGGCACUAAACACUCAAUCCAACUGGAAGAAAGGUCAAAAACAAAUCUCAUGAAUUAACGUGAGAUUUAAAUUGGUUUCAGUUCGGUUUAAACACAAAGUAUUGCUCAGUAUUACAUGGAUACCCCCCUGACAAGGCCUCAAGCUGCAAUUAUUAUAAACAAACCACAUAAAAGGAAAAAAAUAUAUGUUUAAAACAAGCAAUCUCUACUGCAGAGUGACAAAACAAUUUCUAACCUUUGAACUGAAAAUCUUUGGAACAUAAAGUAUUGAAGCAGUAUAGCAUUGGAUCUCUUCAAAAACAAAGAAGAAACUCCUUACUGUGUUUAUUUUUUUGUUUUUUUGAGAACCUUUUUUGCCCUAAUGAAAUAAUGUUCCUGUAAUUUUUUUGUAUUAGAAUAACUUCAUUUCUAACUAUGAACUGCAUUCUUUUCAACUUCCUUGUCAUUUCAUAUCCAGACCUCAUUCAUUAUAAAAAAACAGGGAAUUGAAACUGAGAUAACAAGACUCUCCAGAUAGGUGUGGACAGGAUGUUGUAGGUUUUUUUUUUGUUUGUUUGGUUUUUUUUUUACAUGCACAGAUAACUCUGCCUACAACUAGGCAGGGCUUCAAAAAGGAAGUUAUUUACGGCAGGUUUCCUUUCGGUUUAUUUUCAUCUGUGAGCAGGUGAAGGGCUGAGAUCACUUGUUUCUGGAAGACAAAAUGAACAAAACCAGUUGUCGUCCACCAGAUAAGAAAUUAUUUGAACAUACAAUACUGCCUAUUCUUCACAUCUUGGUGUUUAUUGUUGGACUGAUUGCUAAUGGAUGGGGAUUGAACUCUUUGAGGCGCAGCUGGAGGAAACUGGGAAAUAUCAACAUCUUUGUCCUAAACCUUGGACUAGCAGACAUUUUGUAUCUGCUCACUCUCCCCUUUCUGAUCGUGUACCACAUUAAAGGAAACAAAUGGAUCUUUGGAGAAGGAUUCUGCUUGGUAACAAGAUUCUGCUUCAACCUGAAUCUGUACUGCAGCAUCGGGUUCCUCACCUGUAUAAGUGUGUACAGGUACCUGUCCAUCGUCCAUCCCAUGAGAACGAUGGGGAGAUUAACUACGACUCACUCUGUGGUUAUUUCCCUCAUUGUUUGGAUUCUAGUGGGUGCGCAAAGUUUUCCAGACAUGUUCUACCCAAAAACAUUUGGACGAAAAAAAUGUUUUGACAGUACCUCAAAUGAACAUAUGAAGAGUUACCUGAAUUACUCCAUCAUAUGGACGUCAUUUGGAUUUUGCAUCCCAUUCCUUAUCACCAUUUGGAGCUACGGACACGUGACUCUGGUUGUCUGCCGCUCAAAAACGAUUGACAAGGACCUGAAACGACGGAGCUUGAAGCUGUUGGUAAUUUUGAUUCUUCUCUUCUUGCUUUGUUAUGCACCCUACCAUGUCUUCAAGAACCUCAGCAUGUAUUCCAGAGUUCUGAUUAAUCAGGGAAUUUGCCCUGAUUGGGAUUCUAGAAUCUUUAUAAUGCGUCAGGCAAGUCGUGGUCUUGUCAGCCUGAACAGCGCUCUCAACCCGCUGGUUUACCUCCACGUUUAUGAAGACAUGGGGGCUCACCUCAGGGAGCAGCUGCAGGGAGGUCAACAGAUGUUCAGUCGAUUGUUUAAGUCAAAUUCCAGCUCUGUGCGGGUUGCACCGAGUGAACCAGAUGAAGUGUGAUAUUUAUCUGUUUUAUUCAAUAUAGUAAUUGAUAUUUUGUACAUUUCUGUAAAGAUUUUUAUGCUUUGAUUUAUUUUUUCUUAUGUUGUCAGAUGCAAAGAAUGAAAGUAAUAGAUUUGAAAUGAAGUCAAAUUGGUUUCAGUGUUUUACUAGAAUAUUAAUUGAAUAAUAAUGAGAAUCCUAUUAUUUUACAAUAAUAAAACCUUGUACAAUGUAUAAACAGCACGGUUUCAGUUGCUAUACAUCAGGGGUCUCAAACUCCAGUCCUCGAGGGCCGCAGUCCUGCAACU